GUGAAUGCAAGUUAAAAUUGUUGGCGACGGCGAAACACGGCUCAACGCGGUGGUUAAUGCUUUCGGUUUAAAAGAAUGAAUAAGGAUCCCAUUACGGCUAAGCUAAGCGACGUUGAUGCUCCUCAUUGCCAUCCUCUCCAAGCCAUUUAGCUCCAUGGUGUUCCAAGAGUCAUCUAGGAGACACGGUCGCAGGACUCAUGUAGCGCUAUGGGUCUUGAUGUCGUCGUUUGUGCUGAUGCCAUUCUUAACCCAUACUUCGCGGGCUCAAAACGCGAAGAUCGCUACUGGCCAGAGUGAAUCGGCAGGAGUGACUUUGAGAAGCCCAGAUAAGAGCGUGGGCGAAAUAGAGGAGAUCGACUACGUGCAAGUUGCUCGAGACGUGGUGGCCGCGGGCCUUUCCAAAGUGCCGCCCUCUUUGAUACGAAAACUGCUGGAAGCCGACGUGCGGCCCGAGUGCAGCACGGCGCUGCUGCGGACCAUGCGAGCCUUCCAGAACCUCGAGCCGUGGGCCCUGAGACUAUUCGACGCAAGCGGAAGGUUCCCCACGGGAAUCUUCGAGGCGGCGCGCGUCGACAUGGGAGGAUUCGAUGAGUGCCUCCAGACCGUUCUGCGGGACCAGUACGGAAACGUGUUAUCCCGGGGCCAGUAUUGCAACUUGCUUGUUUACAUCAAAAAUGCGACAGCAAUGGAAGUGCCGAACUCCAUCGCCGACGCCUUUCACCCGAGGCUUCGAUAUUUCAGUGAAUGCAUUAUUACUCCAGGAGAUUCCAUUGCUCGCCUCGGAGUAUGCUAUAUCGAUGACUGUAACCAAAAUGACUUACAUGUUUUAGCCAACUCAGUGAGCCUUCCUUUGAUCCAUCUUGAAAUAUCGAACUGCGUCACAGCAGAACCGAAAUCAUGGAGCAAUAUACAAAUAGGAAUUGUAAUAUUUGCAGCGAUCAUACUGUUUGUUGUAAUUACCGCAACAUUUGUAGACCACUUCGCGAGACAACAGUCUGAGUGGAGAAAACAGCAUGGUGUCCUGUUGCAAGUCGUCGGGGCCUUCUCAGCGGAAUCCAACACACGCAUGUUGCUCAAUGCAGCCGACAAAAAUCAAUUUGACCAGCAGUCUCUGCAGUUCUUGCACGGCAUGCGACUUUUCUGCAAUGUGCACAUAGUGCUCGGGCAUACCUUCGUGAUUACUUCUGACAGCUUUUCAGGAAUUCUGAACAUGUUCAUUGCCACAUCAGAGUGGCGAUCAAUGAUCUUGGCCGCAGGUUUCAACACAAUUGACACAUUCCUAUUUAUGAGCGGAUUUUUGCUAUGCCAUACUCUAAAGAAGUGCAACAUAAGCAGACCUGCCGUGUUCAUCAUUGUGAUUCUUAGAAGGCUCAUCAGGAUUUGCGUCCCACUUUUUUUCACCAUCAUGUGGUUCUACCUGCUGCCUCAUUUCGUCACCGGACCGAACACGGAGGCGUUCUUUCAGCACUUUUAUGAUGAAAUGGCACAACACUGGUGGCAUCUGAUUUUUCACAUAAAAAACUUAUUUGAACUGACCGUUCACGACAAAUUAACCCAUACGUGGUUCUUAUCGGUGGAUUUCCAACUAUUCCUGGUCUCGCUUGUGACAUUGCUGACCUUCAAAGGACGGAAGCGUGCGGCUCUGGCAGCUUUAGCCAUGCUUUCUCUCCUUGGCUGUGCCAUCGCAACAUGGACCGUGGCCAGGCUGCAUCUGUCCCCAUUCGCUAUUGUUCCCUUCCCGCAUUUCUCGCGAAUGAUGAGCACGAUCAACGCAUACUACGUGCUACCUUUUUAUCACGCUGUAUGCUACUUUAGCGGCUGUAUGACGUCUCUCAUCGUAGCCGACUUCACGAAACGCAAGAUUUCCAAGACUCUUCAGCUGGCUGGCUGGUGUGCAUCUGUUUGUUGUGGGCUCUUCUGCGUUUAUGUGAAGUUUAUUUGGUUCUCGAGCCCCAACCCCCCAUCGGGAGGCGCGGAGCUGCUUGUGGCAUUCUUCGACAGGUUACUGUGGUCUUUCUUUAUCGCCUGGAUCAUACUAAUGUGUGCUACGGGCCGAGGAGGAAUUGUGAACAAGUUCUUGUCCUGGAAAGCAUUUGUUCCAUUGAGCAGGCUUUCGUACGGCGUGUACCUCAUCCACUGGCUAUUUCUCGAACUCAUGCUGCAUUCAUCCAGAGAACGAGUCUACUGGUCGGCAUUCAAUCAGUUGACGCUCUCCUUUGCCGUACUCGUCUGGUGUUUCCUGCUGUCAUUCGUGGUCUUCAUCAUAUGCGAGGCGCCGACCGGAGUGCUCGAGAAGCUGCUUUUCAGAAGGUGGAUUGAAGAUGGCGGCGCCCGGAAACAAGAACAUCAAGAAUAGCUCGGAGGUGGUGACGUGAAAAAAUGAACAGUGGUGAAUUAAGGCUAUGAAAUGUCACUAUGUUAUCCAACUAAUGGCGACCGUCCUUAAUUGUCAUACUAAGUGCACUGCUACUUGCAAGACCACCAAAGAUAAACAGCGUUGGGCUCGGGCAGUACGUGUCAGCAUAUUAUUGAAAUAUCAACAGAA